AUGGCCGUUCCUGACGCAGACGUUCACCCCGAAGCUACCGGUGCAGCCAAAGCGCUGGUUGACCGACACCAAGCUGAGCAACCAUUAAAGCUGUAUGCCGGCUGGUUCUGUCCCUUCGUCCAACGUGUCUGGCUUGUUCUCGAAGAGAAACAAAUUCCCUACCAGUACAUCGAAAUAAACCCCUACCACAAAGAACCCUCCUUCCUCGCUCUGAACCCACGAGGCCUCGUCCCCACUAUCUCCGUCCCCGACCCCUCAACCAACACCUCCAAGCCUCUCUACGAAUCCACCGUCAUCCUCGAAUACCUCGAAGAAGCAUACCCAAACCACCGACCUCUCCUCCCUUCUGACCCGUACCAGCGCGCCCGUUCCCGCAUCUGGAUCGACUACGUCACCUCGCGCAUUAUCCCCACCCUGCACCGCUUCCUCCAGUACCAGCCCUCGACGCGCGGAAUUGAGGGCCUGCACCAAGCCCGUCAGGAGUUCCUCUCCACCUUGAAGGAAUGGGCUAAGGAGAUCGACUCCUCGGGGCCGUAUUUCUGGGGCUCGGAGGUGUCGCUUCCGGAUUUGGUGCUCGCGCCGUGGGCGUUCCGACUUUGGGUGUUUGAUGAGUUUAAGGGUGGAUUAGGGAUCCCGAAGCCCGGAGAGGGGGGGGAGGAUGAGGAGGUUUGGGGCAAAUGGAGAAAGUGGCAGGAGGCUGUUGAGGGACGGCGGAGCGCGAAGGAGACGACGAGUGAGGCGGAGCAUUAUCUGCCCAUCUAUAAGAGUCUCGAUAAUCUAUAUAGAGCCUGCUACUACUCGUAG